AUGCCUGACAGCUUCAUCCUGGAAUCGGACAAGGAUAAGCGUUACUGCAUUCGAGGCAAACAUGCAGCCAUCAUCUGUGCAGUUGUGGUGAUUUGCUCCUUGGCUGUGGGUUUGGGGGUUGGCCUCUCCAAAUCCACCUCCUCCACAACAGACUCCACAGCAGCCCCCACAGCAGCCCCCACAGCUGGACCUACACCGCCCCCUCCGUCUGACAGAGGGCCCUGUAAGCCUUCAACAGAAACCAGUGGAGACUGGACGAAUUUCCGUCUGCCCGACUACGUGAAACCGACCCACUAUGACCUUCACCUGGAACCAAACAUGGUCGACGACACCUACACAGGCACGGUGGAUAUUCAAGUGGAGGUCACUAAACCCACCCGUCACUUAUGGCUGCACAUCAGGGAGACUUUUGUGAGCGCCAUGCCCAGGCUAAGGAUGGAGGACAGCCAGGGGACACAGAGGGAGGUGAAGGUCAACCGCUGCUUUGAAUACAAACCUGAGGAGUAUGUGGUGGUGGAGGCCACAGAGGACCUACCCGCCACACGCCAAGGAGAGGUGUACAUUCUCAGUCUGGACUUCCAGGGCUGGCUGAACGGAUCUGUGGUGGGAUUCUAUAGGGUCAUCUACACAGAGAACGGAGUGACCAAGAAGAUUGCUGCAACUGAUCACGAGCCAACAGAUGCUCGGAAGUCAUUCCCCUGCUUUGACGAACCAAACAAGAAAGCCACCUAUAAAGUCUCCAUCACCCAUGACGAUAAAUAUGGUGCUCUUUCCAACAUGCCACCAGAGGGUCCUUCCGAGGUACUGCCCGGCAAUAAACUAAAAACAACCUUCCAGAAAUCCAUUCCAAUGAGCACCUACCUCGUUUGUUUUGCCGUCCACCAGUUUGGUUUCGUGGAAAGAAAAUCUGCCAGUAACAUUCCUUUGAGGAUCUAUGCCCAGCCGAGCCAAUUAGCGACUGCAGAAUAUGCAGCAGACACAACAAAGAUAAUAUUUGACUACUUUGAGGAAUAUUUCAACAUGUCAUAUUCCAUCUCCAAACUGGAUAAGAUCGCAAUCCCCGACUUCGGUACUGGUGCUAUGGAGAACUGGGGGCUCAUUACCUACAGGGAGACCAACCUGCUGUACGACGAGAAAGAGUCUUCCUCCAGCAACAAGCAGCGUGUGGCGAGCGUUAUCGCCCAUGAACUGGUUCACCAGUGGUUUGGAAACAUUGUCACCAUGGAUUGGUGGGAUGACCUCUGGCUCAAUGAGGGCUUUGCAAGUUUCUUCGAGUACAUUGGUGUGGAGAAGGCCGAGCCGACCUGGGGCAUGAGAGACAUCAUGAUCACUGACGACGUGCUUCCUGUCAUGGUGGACGACGCCCUCCUUUCCUCUCAUCCAAUCAUCGUAGAUGUAUCGAGCCCUGCAGAAAUCACCUCUGUCUUUGAUGCCAUCUCCUACAGCAAGGGAGCUUCUAUUCUCCGCAUGCUGGAGGACUGGAUAGGAAGGGAUGUAUUCAGAGAUGGCUGCCGGAAAUAUUUAAAGGACUUCUAUUUCAAAAACGCCAAAACAGCCAACUUCUGGACAUCUAUGGCCGAUGUAAGCAACUUACCCGUUGCAGACGUUAUGGACACAUGGACCAAACAGAUGGGCUACCCUGUCGUAGAUCUCACCGUUUCAGAGACAAACACCAAACUGACCCAGAAGCGUUUCCUCCUGGACCCCUUGGCUGACCCCAGCCAGCCCGCAUCACCUUUUCAAUACAAGUGGACGAUUCCAGUCAAAUGGUUCUCUGUGAAAAGUGACAAGAUAGUGGAGACAAUGUUUAACAAGAGCACUCCAGAACACGUCAUCAAUAAUUAUUCGGCCUGUGAAGAUGGACUGCUAAAGAUAAAUAACGACCACAUUGGAUUCUACAGAGUCAACCAUGAAGACCAUAUGUGGACCUCUAUCAGCCAGCUGCUCAUGACAAACCACACGGAGUUUGAUGCAGCUGACCGAGCAAGCUUCAUCGAUGAUGUUUUUGCCCUGGCAAGGGCUGAUAUUAUAGAUUACGGUAAUGCCUUCAAUCUCACUAAAUACCUGGAAGCUGAGACUGAGUACAUUGUGUGGAAACGUGUCUCAUCAUCAAUCGCCUACGUUCGGGACAUGAUGGCCAACAACAAGGACCUGUACCCAAAGUUUCAGAAACUCUUUAGUGGCCUGGUUAAACCAAUUGUGACAAAGCUUGGCUGGGUUGAUGAGGGUACACAAACAGAAAGGUUGCUAAGGGAAACUGUCCUCAGCAUUGCAUGUGGUGUGGGAGACAAGGAUUCUUUGGACCAAGCAUCCAAUCUAUUUGACCAGUGGAUUGAUAAGACUCUCAGCAGCAUUCCCGUCAACCUGAGGCUACUGGUGUACCGCUAUGGCAUGAAGAAUUCAGGGACUCCAGAGAAGUGGAACGAGAUGUUCCGAAGGUACAAAAGCUCGACUCUGGCUCAGGAGAAGGACAAGCUUCUGUACGGACUGGCAUCGGUGGACAAUGUGGAGCUUUUGAACAAUCUUCUGGAGGCCACCAAAAAUGAGAGUGUGAUAAGAAGUCAGGACCUGUUCACAGUGGUGCGGUAUGUGUCGUACAACCCAGUGGGUCAGAAAAUGGCCUGGGACUGGACCACCUUAAACUGGGACUUCCUGGUCAACAGAUAUACCAUCAAUGAUAGGAACCUUGGCCGGCUGCCCUAUUGGAUCACAACCACCUACAACAGCGAGCUGCAGCUGUGGCAGAUGGAGAAUUUCUUCAAACUGACUCCAGAUGCUGGAGCAGGAGAGAUGCCCAGGCAGCAGGCCCUGGAGACAGUAAAGAACAACAUCGAGUGGACCAACAGGAACCAGGCUGAAAUUGCAGCAUGGUUGGAGAGCAACGUUUCUGAAAAAUUAUUCUAGCAUCACUUCAGUACCUCAGAUUGGCCCCGCAUCUCUUACCAGUGGAAGGAGAGGUCUUGAUCCAGGUUAGCGUUGGGGUUGGGUACCCACUUGCAUCACAUCGGAGGAUAACAUUGCUGCCUAGUGGAGAGAUAACCCUGGUUGCUGCUGGCUGGACAGAGGGCCUCAUACAGCGAGAGAGAUCAUCCUGUGUUAGAAGCAACCCGGACUGGCCAACAGACCUGCUGCACAUUAGCAGCUGAUCAAUCAAAACCACUGGACUCCCCACAGACAUGGACAAUGAUGUCAGCAUGGAUAUCUGGCAAUCACACAGCCAGGGGUUGUCAUGAAGACCUGGGUAAGAAGACAGGUUUUAUUCUUCUGGUCAAUGGCGUAACGACACAACAAUAAGCCCGUAAGCAACAUCACCUGGGUGGGCCCCAAUGAAGUAUAACACGUGAUAAAGGUCGCCAUAGACAACCGACCCAAAAUGUGCCCCAUAAAUACGCACUUCAUUUCAUCAUUCUUCACCUUCACUAGACAUGGAUAUACUUUAGUAUAUUCUGUUGUAAAAUAAGUAUUAUCGGGCUACCUUGAGUUUCACAGCUCUCCUCACCUACGCUCUCUCCAUUCAUCUCCUGGUUGCAAUCUUUACUGAAUGCAGCAGCAACGUCCACCUCUCCCUCUUUGGUUCUUUGAAAGAACGUCUUUAUUUUGGGAAGUUUUUUACCCAAUGUUUUUAAUCGACGCUCUCGAUUACCCUUAAUUCCAACUCGUAGUGUAAAAAAUAAAAUACUCAAAUACA